AUGGCGGCGCCGCUCGGGCGGGACACCUUACCUGAACACUGGUCCUACGGCGUCUGCAAGGACGGCAGGGUCUUCUUCGUUAACGAUGACAUGCGUACCACUACUUGGCUCCAUCCCCGGUCGGGCAAGCCUGUCAACUCCGGACACAUGAUCCGCUCAGACUUACCGCGGGGAUGGGAAGAAGGUUUCACGGACGACGGGGCCAGUUACUUCAUAAAUCAUAACCAGAGAACGACGGCGUUUCGGCACCCUGUGACAGGACAGGUGUCUACGGAGAACGUGGAUUUUAUUCUUCAAGAACAGCCGCAGGGAGUCCGCAUGACAUCCAAAGCCACAGGGGAGCAGCCCCACCAAUCCAGCACCACCGCCAGCGAGGCCUCCACCACCGUCACCUCCUCCACUGUGGACACUGCCUCUGCCUCUAAGGGUUCCCGUUCCAGCAGCAGGGUGCACAGCUUCGGAAAGAGAGACCAGGCCGUCAAGAGGAACCCCAACGUCCCUGUGGUGGUCAGAGGAUGGCUCUACAAACAGGACAGCUCGGGGUUGCGUCUCUGGAAGAGGAAAUGGUUCGUCUUGGCCGAUUACUGUCUGUUCUACUAUAAAGACAGUAGAGAGGAGUCAGUCCUGGGCAGUAUACCUCUGCCCAGCUAUGUCAUCUCUCCUGUAGGACCAGAGGAUCACAUCAGCCGCAAGUUUGCCUUCAAGGCAAGCCAUACGGGCAUGCGCUCGUACAUUUACAAACAGAGCUCUGUGAUUGGCUCACAGGCAGAGCACGGUGGCAUGCGGACCUACUACUUUAGCGCCGACACCCAGGAGGACAUGAGCAGCUGGCUGAGGGCCAUGAACCAGGCUGCACUGAUGCAGAACCACACAGAUACACUCAUCAGAUCAACCGACAAGCUGGAGAAAUUGAAGUCAGACACGUUGGAACAACAGGCCGCCCCCCAAACCAAUCACGUUAACCACCGCAAGACCAAGAUCCCAGACACAGAAAACGCCGGAUCCUUUGUGCACGAAGUCCUCCUGGAGCCCAUCCACCGUGACACUGUGGAGAGCUGCAGCUAUACUAAAGACGCUCACGCCAACACUGUAUUCGACUUCCCCGUCGGAGGUCCUGCCAUGGAGAUGGACACUCACGCCUCUCUCCCCGCCAACCCAAUGGCCUCGGCCCUCCCAUCUAUGGAGCCCGUGUCAGCAUCUGCUCCUGUCUCCAGGGUGCCAUCCCGUGCGCCAUCGCGAGCUGCCUCAACACUGCCCCCCGGUGCAUGCACAAGGAAUGGCUUGGUCUCGACACCAAGCCCCAUCCUGGAGCCCAAUGGCAUUGGGGCGGGGACGUACCAGCGGAGCCCCUCGCUGCCCUCUGAGGACAUGCAUAGGCAGGUGCAGAGGAGGAGUGCCCUGGAGCAGGUGGAGAGCUGGGUAAAAGUGCAGAGGGCAGAGUACAAAGGCCCUCCAUCCAGAGAAAACACCCUCCCUCGCCGCACUCCCCCUAGCCAGCCCAAGUUUUCCUCUAUGGAGGCCUACCAGACCCUGCCAAAACCCCAACACUACAGCCCCUCCCCUGCGCCAUCUGCAGCCCGCCUCGGGGAGUACAAGUACGCCCAGGAUCGCCUCAGCCACUUCCGCCUCACGCCGGAGCAGAGCGGCCAGGGGCUCAACACAGUGUGGCAGCUGUACGAGUGGCAGCAGAGGCAUCAAUUCCGCCACGGCAGCCCCACCGCACCGCUCUACGUCCCAGCCCCGGAGUACCCCUUUGGCCCGCACCCCCCUUCCACUGUGCCCCCUUCCUCCAGCUCCCCAUCAGUCUCCAGGCCAGGCCCAGACAGGCCCCCCCGCUGUGUGUCGGUGCCGCCCUCAUCCGCAGACAUCCCGCCUCCAGGGCCCCCGCCAGGAACUAGCCGGGCCAUAUCACCGAUGCGGAGGCCACACACACCUGCUGAACGGGUGACGGUCAGGCCCAUGGCGGAGAGGUCAAUGGUAGAUGUCCCCUUUGCUGCGUCACCCCGCCGGGUUAAGUCUCAGAUGCUCAAGACAGCUACAAUUGAGAGGCGGUCCAUGCCUCCCACUGGCUACAUCACACACACAGUUAGUGCCCCCAGCCUUCAUGGCAAAACGGUUGAUGACACCUACAUGCAGUUGAAGAAAGAUUUGGAAUAUCUGGACCUGAAGGUGGUGGGAAGUCAGACCGUAAAAGAGUCAGGGAAACCCGUCAAGAUUGCAGAAAGUGAUGUGGACGUGAAGCUGAGUCGGCUGUGUGAGCAGGAUAAGACCCUGAAAGAACUAGAGGCCAGGAUCUGUUCACUGAAAGACGACAAGGACAAGCUGGAGAUGGUGCUGGAUGUGUCCCACCAGCAGAUGGAGCAGUACCAGGAGCAGCCGGCUCAUAUGCAUAAGAUCGCCUACCAGCAGAGGUUGCUACAGGAGGACCUAGUAACCAUCAGAGCCCAGAUCUCUCGCGUCUCCACGGAGAUGGCACGAGCUUGGGAGGAGUAUAUCAGUUUGGAGAGCUCCGUGGAACAGUUGAGGGCGGUGCUGCAGGCCCAUAUGAACAACAGUGCCACCCCUCAGCAGGAGAAGACAGAAAUGAAGCGUGAGCUGUGGAGGAUUGAGGAUGUGAUGGCUGGACUGAGCACCAGUAAAGCCAACUACAAGAUCACUAUUGACUCAGUCCAAAACCCAGAAAGGAAAAUAGUGCCUUCGGUGUCAGACCCGACAGUGCCUCCCCAGAGCAUAGAGGUCCAGCCUCCUCCUCGUUCCUCCAACCCCAGUCUCGCCUCCCACACCCUGCCUCACAGUGCCGUGCCAAAAUGGGCCGAGGACAAUGCCCCACCCAGGCCACCCUUGCCCAGCCUCUAUGACUACGAGGACACACCACCAGUGGUGCCGCCCCUCCCCAAAGAGGCUUCAGUCAUCCGGCACACGUCAGUGCGUGGGCUGAAGCGCCAGUCAGAUGAGAGGAAGAGGGACAGGGAGAGCGGCCAGUUUGUUGUCAACGGAGACUACAAGGUUGAAUUGCGGUCAUAUCUGAGUGAACCAGAAUUGCCUGGGAUGGGCCAAACCAGCAGUGGUUCGGACAUGGACUACCAGCCUCUCCCAGCCAAAGGUCUGUCGGGCUCCUCAUUUAGAUUUAACCAGUCCAACUCAAUCUCUUCCUAUGUCACCCUGAGGAGAGGACCCGGGGACCCGGCAGCCAGGGAGAGACCCAAGAGUGCCUUGGAUAGUUUGUGUUCACCCACAGAGGCCCACCAGGCUCCACCUGGCCAGCUGCGAGGCCGCAUGAGUGCUGAGGAGCAGCUGGAGCGAAUGAAACGCCACCAGAGGGCGCUAGUGCGUGAUCGCAAGAGGAACCUCAACCAGGGCGAGCACUCCUGCGCCAGUCUGUCCACCUCCACUGUUGCCACCCAGCGCUCCUUGUCCUCCUCCAGGCUGCCCUCCACAUCCUCCAACCUUCCAGCCUCCGUGUUUGGUUUGCAGGAGGAGAGGCUGGGAGCAGAGGGUCAGCGAGACAAGGGGCAGAACCAGGUGAAGGAAAGGGGAAGGGUCCAGUCAGACGACUGGGUGACAGCGACAGCCGUACCUUUAAGAGAGGUUGAUCUGGAGCCACUUGACUACGACCUGGAUAUCAGUCGAGAGCUUUCCAAACCCCAGAAGGUCCCUAUCCCAGAGCGAUAUGUGGAGUCUGACCCAGAGGAACCUUUGAGUCCGGAGGAGAUGGAGGAACGUUCCCGCAGGGCUGAGCGUAUCAAAAACCUUCUGGCAAAAUCUAGUGUUCAGAACAUGCAGCUGUCAUCAGGCCAGAGUGUGCCGCUGGACUUCAACGAGCUGGACUCCGCUCUGCAGCAGCAGGAGAGGAUUAUGAGUGUCUCUCAUGCCCUAGCCUCUGAGGCCUCACGCAAGAGCAAGCUGGUUGCAGGGAGUGAGUGGCCAGGGGGAUUGUGAACAUGUCUGGUCCAGCCAAAGCUGCUGCAGAGCACUGACCCACUGGAGCGAUCACCAUGAGUGUGACGCCGAUAUUGGGAUAAAAGAUCAUGUCAAAGAAAAGGAAAUGACCAUUUUUAGCAAUUAACAACUGUGUGAUUUAACAUGUAGCAAACCUUUUCUUGUGUCAGACCCAUGACAUGCGUGUCUCUGACUGUGUUAAUCAUGGUUGUUGAAACUUAAUCAUGUUUUCAUGCUUUGCCAUUUCUGUGGAACAAUUAUGCAAUUAUAAUUUAUAACACGACUGAAUGCCUUUUACCUGCGAAUGGUGUGUUUUACAGUUUGAUCUCCGUUUUCACGAAUAAAUAAAAAGCACAAUGGACUAAAGGUUAUUUGUAUUUUUUCCAAUAGAUAAAGAUAAGAGAUCAUCUAUAUUUUAUUGUUUGUUCACAAAAUUGUAUAUAUUUGUUGCUCAAUGCUGUACUGAUAGUCACAUCACUGAACUCAGAUUUCCUUCACAUAAAAAACAAUUUAAACCUAUAGAUAGAACGAAGUUAAUAAAGAUUUUAA